GAGCAUAAGAGCAAAGUGAAGGGGAAAAUGCAUGCUUGUGGCCAUGAUGCUCAUGUUGCUAUGCUCCUUGGCGCUGCUAAGAUUCUGCAUCAACUGCGACAGAAAUUACAGGGCACUGUUGUUCUUAUAUUUCAGCCGGCAGAGGAGAGAGGAGGAGGAGCAAAAGACAUGAUAAAAGAAGGCGUUCUUGAUGAUGUUGAGGCUAUAUUUGGGCUGCACCUUGUGCAUAAAUAUCCGGCAGGUGUUGUCGCUUCACGUCCCGGCGAAUUUCUUGCGGGAUGUGGAAGCUUCAAAGCAAAGAUAAAGGGGAAAGGAGGACAUGCAGCAAGCCCACAGCAUUCAAUUGAUCCCGUUUUGGCAGCUUCAUCAGCAAUUAUUAGUCUCCAAAACAUUGUCUCGAGAGAGAUUGACCCUUUAGAUUCCCAGUUGCAGGUGGUCUCUGUGGCUAUGGUUCAAGCAGGAACUGCACUCAAUCUCAUUCCGAAUUCGGCCACCAUUUCUGGUACCUUCAGAGCUUUCAGCAAGGAGAGCUUCAAUGCUCUCAGAGAUAGGAUAGAAGAGGUCAUAAAUGGGCAGGCAGUGGUGCAUCGAUGCACCGCAGAGAUUGAUUUUAUGGGCAAGGAACACCCCACGAUUCCUCCAACUAUAAACGACAAGAACGUUUACGAACGUGUUCGACGUGUCUCUAUGGAAAUUGUAGGAAGAGAAAAAACAGAAGUAUCUCCAAGCUUCAUGGGAAGUGAAGAUUUUGCCUUCUUUUUAGACAGAGUCCCGGGAUCAUUCUUUUUUCUUGGGAUAUAUAAUGAGAAGAUAGGAGCUAUACACCCUCCACACAGCCCUCAGUAUACAAUUGAUGAAAGUGUGCUUCCUAUUGGUGCAGCAAUUCAUGCAGCAUUUGCAUAUUCAUAUCUUUUGAAUUCAUCAUCGACAUCCCAUUCUUAGCAUGACCACGAAUUGGUGCAGCAAUUAGUGCACUAAAUUAUCUUUCAGUUCAUCUUUUAAAUUCAUCAUCAACAUCCCAUUCUUACCAUGAGUUGGUGCAGCAAUUAGUGCACUAAAUAAUCUUUCAGUUCAUCUUGUAACUCAGUUUUUGUUUCCCUGUUCUGCAUCUUGAAUAGGGGAAUUAUUUUAGUUCUAGGUCCUGGAAUGUUAUGUUCAACAUUAAUAUUGUUUUGAAACCCGUUCUCGGGUCUGAACAGAUUGGCAUGGUAUAAAAUAUGAUUGUUCUUAGUUAUCACAAGACAGUUUGCUUUCAGUUUCGUUAGUUGAUGUUUGUCCCAAAUAACUCAUUUGGAUUGUGGAAUAUUAUUAUAACAUGUCAACAAAAAAAGCCUGAUAAUCAGGUGAAGAGGAGAAGGAUAACAAAACCCAAAGAGACAAGGAACACCCAGAGCCUGAAGGCAACAGAAAAGUAAGAGAGCUAUGGAACAUGAAAUAUCUCAGAUUCUUUCCUUGACAAUGAAGAUGGUAAGAAGGAUAAGCAGGAGGCCAAGUGCCAACGAUGGACUGGUAAAGCCGGUGUUGGAGCCGAGGGAUGGCGGUGGCAGUGGCGAUUGUGAGGGGGAUGGGGGCAUGUACAUGCCAGCCAUAGAAUCAUCUGCUGCAACUGCAACUGCAACUAAGGCGAGAAGAAGAGCAGAAGAGGUUGUGAAUAUGACGAGCUUAUUAGCCAUAUGGUACAAGUGUUUUGGAGUGGUUUGAUGAAAGCGUGAAAGUUUCUAAGUUUGUUGCUUCUUUCAUAGUGUAA